UCAGGGUGUCUGAGACAACUCAAUUUUACGGUGCAGCUUGUAUUGCGAUAUAGUAGGCUCAACUGUACAGUAGACCAAAUGGUUCACAAGAUCACUUGCAAAUCCAUCAUAUGACUCUAAACAAAUUAAAUCAAAUCUAUUGUAUGUCUUGUAAGUGUAAAAUAAAAUAUCUGGUCUCUUUAGUGAAGCUUAAAGGGGCAGCAGUUCGUGUUCUUUUAAUAGUAGUUUUCUCUUCCCUUCGUCUAAUUCAUCUCUUGCUUUGGCUGAUUCCUUAAUGAAAACAUAAGUUUUCGUUGAUAGUAUGAUACGUGGUGUUGUUGAAUUAAAUAUUCAAUCAAUAAAGAGUAUUUAAGUAUUUAACUUUACUGGAUAAUUUGAACUCAGUUUCCGCUGCUUGUACAAUUAAUCGAAAAUUGAUAAUUUUACAUGAUGAGUUCGGUUUAUUUAAGAAUUUUUCUAGAUUGUAGUUGAAGUCAUUCCACCUAGGGCAUAACUUUUGCCCAAAGUUCAAGUACCUUAACCAAAACACAAGAAAAGAAGCAACAUCUCAUGUCUCUAAGAAAACACCAGUAGUAUCAUUGUUGCCAUUAUCAAAACUAUCAAACAGCUAAUGGAGCCAGAAAGCAGCAACGCCUCGUUCGAUCGUGCCUAUUUGAAAGGAAGAAAUGUUGGAGCAGCAAUGACAAUCCGCAAUGGAGGUUCUACAGGCGAGCACCGGCGAGAUAGUUGUUGCAUUAACAUUUAUAUAAACAAUAACAUUCAAGGAGUAAAUAAUUCUAUCCUGCUCGGAAGUGAAGUAAAGCUGAGAGAUCCUGGAGUUCAUAUAUUCUUGGAAGACUUGAAGAUGUGCAUUGGGGAAACAUGCAUGGAAUCGAAUAAGAAAAAGAAGAACGAGAAUGAUUUAGGACACUCUAAGCUAGGGUUUCCUGCCAUAUUUACUGCAUUUAUCAUAGUUCUCCUCUUAUUUCUAACAAUUUCUUAAUUUCAUUUCUCCAAUAACUUGGUCUUUCAUUAGUUACUUAUUUUGUUGAGUUGAUCUGACCCAUGUCAUAACUCAUAAUUAUGUGUACUUAGUCGUUCAAUACUUGGAGUUUGAACAA